CAAAGGCAAAACGUCACCUUUCCUUUGGUGAGCAAGGUGUGUUCACGUGAGGUUGUGUGGAUCCUCAAAAUAGGUCACACAAUCUUCACAAUUUCGUGAAACAUUGUUCUAAAAUAUAAAAAAAAACACAAAAUUACAAAAACCCAAAAAAAUAGAAAAAUUAUAUAAAAUAAACGGGAAUCGUUCAAUUAUAAGUUAGUGUGCGUAAGCGUGCAACGUGGUCUAAGGAAUGCGAUAGAUAAGCGUCAAGAGAAAGUGAAGUUGCUUAAACACCAGAGACUUAUUAAUGCUAUAUUUUUUACGAUUCCAAUAAAAGAAUUAAAAUGAAUCCCGGGCCACCAAAUUACCCGAUGGCAUCUCUCUAUGUCGGGGAUUUGCACUCUGAUAUUACAGAGGCCAUGUUGUUUGAAAAGUUUUCUACAGCGGGUCCUGUACUCUCUAUUCGAGUAUGUCGUGACAUGAUAACUCGUAGAUCUUUGGGGUACGCAUAUGUGAAUUUCCAACAACCCGCAGAUGCUGAGAGGGCCUUGGAUUCUAUGAAUUUUGACAUGAUAAAAGGUAGACCAAUAAGGAUAAUGUGGUCGCAGCGUGAUCCCUCUCUACGUAAAUCGGGAGUAGGAAAUGUGUUCAUUAAAAAUCUUGAUAAAUCUAUAGAUAAUAAAGCUAUGUAUGAUACCUUUUCUGCCUUUGGUAAUAUAUUAAGUUGCAAGGUAGCUCAAGAUGAAAAUGGAGGUUCUAAGGGAUAUGGAUUUGUACAUUUUGAAACAGAAGAAGCAGCUAAUAAAUCAAUUGACAAAGUAAAUGGUAUGCUGCUCAAUGGCAAGAAAGUUUACGUUGGUAGAUUCAUUCCUCGUAAGGAACGUGAAAAGGAAUUGGGAGAGAAAGCCAAGCUCUUUACAAAUGUGUAUGUUAAGAAUUUUGGAGAAGACUACUCUGAUGAAAUGCUUAAGGAUAUGUUUGAAAAAUAUGGACGCAUCACAAGCCAUAAAGUGAUGUACAAAGACGAUGGAGCUUCUAGAGGUUUUGGAUUUGUUGCUUUUGAAGAUCCUGAUUGUGCUGAGAGAGCUUGCAUGGAGCUUAAUGGAAAAGAACUUGUUGAAGGCAAGCCAUUAUAUGUAGGUCGGGCACAAAAGAAAGCUGAGCGUCAAAAAGAACUCAAACGUAAAUUUGAACAACUCAAGUCUGAACGUUUAACUCGCUACCAAGGUGUAAACCUUUAUGUCAAAAACUUGGAUGAUACUAUUGAUGAUGAACGUCUACGUAAGGAAUUUGCACCAUUUGGAACUAUAACGUCUGCUAAGGUAAUGCUUGAAGAUGGGCGCAGUAAAGGAUUUGGGUUUGUAUGCUUUUCAUCACCUGAAGAGGCUACUAAAGCUGUUACAGAGAUGAAUGGGCGUAUUGUUGGCACUAAGCCCCUCUACGUGGCAUUAGCUCAAAGAAAAGAAGAUCGCAAGGCUCAUUUGACUUCACAAUAUAUGCAACGGAUGGCAAGUAUGAGAAUGCAACAGAUGGGACAAAUGUUCCAACCUGGUAGUGCUGGUGGUUACUUUGUCCCAACAAUACCUCCUGCACAAAGGUUCUAUGGUCCAGCCCAAAUGACCCAAAUUAGACCUUCGCCGCGCUGGACUCAACCUCCUGUAAGACCUAGCACUCAGGCUGCUGCUUCUGCUUAUCCCAAUAUGCAGGCACCAUUCCGUCCGGCCCCUCGAGGACCAACUCAGGCUACCCUGCGCACAUCACUAGGUGCUAGACCUAUAACAGGCCAACAAGGUGUACCAGCUGCGCAAUCUAUCCGUGCUCCUAUUGUGACAAGUGGGAGACCAGCAGGUUACAAAUAUACGUCUAACAUUCGUAAUCUUCCAGCACCACAACCUGCAGUUCAUAUCCAAGGUCAAGAACCCUUAACUGCAACUAUGUUAGCUGCUGCCCCCUUACAAGAACAAAAACAAAUGUUAGGAGAACGCUUAUUCCCACUUAUUCAAAGGAUGCAUCCAGACUUGGCUGGAAAAAUAACUGGCAUGCUGUUGGAAAUUGAUAAUUCUGAGCUUCUUCACAUGUUAGAACAUGGGGAGUCUCUAAAGGCUAAGGUAGAUGAGGCUGUUGCUGUUUUGCAAGCUCACCAAGCUAAACAGCAAGCCACAAAGAAGGAAUAAUUUUUUUGCUCAUUUCAGAGCCGUUUAUUUUUCUUUGCUAAUUUCUUUUAUUUUUGCUUUUUACAUCGUAAUGUAAAGAGUCCCGGUCAUAAAAAACUAAUAAAUAAAAA